AUGCUCCGCGCCGGCCGCUGGCUGCGGCUCUGGCUCGGGCUCGGGCUGGGGCUGGCGGCGCUGCGGGGCGGGCUGGGCCGCGCGGCUGAGCUGGCCUUCCUGCUAGAGCCGGCGGAUGUGGUGGCAGUGCGGGACCGGCCGCUGGUGCUGCACUGCCUGGUGCAGGGGGAGCCGCCCGUCAGCAUCCGCUGGUUCAAGGAUGGGGCAGCGCUGGGGGGCCCCGCAGCCGUGCUGGCCAAUGGCUCCCUGCGCCUCGAAAGCGUGCACCGCCAGCCCCAUGCCGGGGGUGCCACGGAUGCCAGCGCCGGCGAGUACAGCUGCGCCGCCCAGAACCGCGAUGGGCUCCUGCUCAGCCGCAAGGCCCGGGUCCAGCUGGCCACCCUGUCGCGGUUCCACAUGCACCCCGAGUCCAUGGCAGUAGAGGAGGGCGGCGUGGCACGCUUCCAGUGCCUCAUCCAGGGCGUCCCUGAGGCCACCAUCACCUGGGAGCGCAACAGCACAGCACUGCCACCUGAUGACCCCAGGUUCACACUGCUGCCGGCCGGCGUCCUGCAGAUUAUGGGCGUGCGGCGCACAGACGUGGGCGCCUACCGCUGCAUGGCCACCAACAUCGCGGGUGCACGCUGCAGCCGGGAGGCCUGGCUGGGCCUGAGCGUCACUGCCCCCAGGCACGACCAGGAGCCAACAAUCCUGUCGGGGCCACAGAACCUGACGCUGACGGUGCACCAGACGGCCAUCCUAGAGUGCAUCGCCACGGGGCACCCGCGGCCCAUCGUCUCCUGGAGCCGCCUGGAUGGGCGCUCCAUCGGCGUGGAGGGCAUCCAGGUGCUGGGCACAGGCAACCUGAUGAUCGCGGACGUCUCAGUGCAGCACGCGGGGGUCUACGUGUGCGCAGCCAACCGACCCGGCACACGCGUGCGCCGCACAGCCCAGGGGAUCCUCAUGGUGCAGGCACCCCCCGAGUUUGUGCAGUGGCCGCAGUCAGUGUCGAAGCCGCCCGGGGGCAGUGCCAUCUUCACCUGCGUGGCGCAGGGCGUGCCCGAGCCCCGGCUCAUCUGGCUCAAGAACGGCCGCCUCCUAGCGCCCAGCGAGCAUGUGCGGCUCUCGCACAACAACAGCACGCUGAUGAUCCAGCGCGUCGCGCCAGCGGACGAGGCCAUCUACCAGUGCAUUGCCGAGAACAGUGCUGGCACCAACCAGGCCAGCGCCCGCCUGGCUGUGGCCCCCGCCCAGGAGCUGCCACGCGCCCCCGAGGGUGUCCGCGCCGCCGCGCUCUCCACUACUGCCAUCCAGGUGGCCUGGGCCGAACCCGCACCCGAGGUCACGGACAGCAUCAUUGGCUACGUACUGCACAUCCGCCGCGCGGGCGAAUCGGAGAGCCGGGAGCUGCAGGAGGCCGUGAGCAAGGCGACCUUCCAGCACGUCUUCACCAACCUGGAGCCGUCCACCACCUACUCCAUCUACCUGCGUGCAUACUCGCCACUCGGCGCCAGCCAGGACUCCCAGCCCAUCCUGGCCACCACGCUAGGCAGCAUCCCCGCAGCGCCCGGGUUCUUCACCAAGGUGCUCAACGCCAGCGCAGUUCAGGCCUUCUGGGAGCUGCCAUCCGCACCCGGUUCCAUUGAGGGCUUUAAGCUCUUCCACCGGCGGCUGCCAGGACCCUGGUUCGAGGGGCCACAGGUGCUGGGCAGCACAGCCAACUCCUACGUCUACAGCGACCUGGAGCCCUCAGCCACAUACGAGAUCAAACUCCAGGCCUUCAAUGGGAAUGGGGAUGGGAACAGCAGCCUGCGCCUUGUCUCCCUGCAGGAUGGCAUGCAGAAGCCAGACACGGACCCUGCGCCCCCUUGCCCCUGCAGCGUGGAGGGGGAGAGCUCGCUGGCUGGCAUCGUGGUGGGUGUCCACAUUGGCAUGGCCUGCAUCAUCUUCUGCGUCCUCUUCCUCAUGUUUGGAUACCGCAAGAGGUGA